UUGUGGGAGGCUUCGGUAUACCGUGAGGGCAGGUUCUGUGCUCGUAUCAAAAAUUGACAGCAAAGUGAACUUUAUGUGUGUCUUCUGUCAGAGACACCACGAGGACUUGUCCUGACCCAUGACCCUCCUCCCAAAAGGAAAGAGAAUAUACAUUUUUUUUCUGGGAAGGAUCUACAUCGGCGGAGAAACAACUACGAUGAGGGCGUUUUUUUAUCAUGAGAGCUCCACAAGUGGUUGUAUACUUCCGCUUCACUUUUAAUUUAAAUUUGCUUCCGGAGGCCGUGCCCAUGCCCAGGUCCUACAGAUGUCUCCAAGCUUGCGGACUGGACCACCUGCCUGUCAACAUCUGUGAAAAGUUACAGCGCCGCACUAGUUGCUGGUUGCUAUGUAGAUCCGUGACGUCAAUUACCAAUCUUCUUCCCAUAAGUCCGAGCGAAAGGAACUAUUCACACCUAGCGCGCUAGCCGGCUGGCUUACAUUAGAGACGAGCGAGGAGGCGAGUGCGCAUCUCGGGUUCGCAUUACGAAAGCUCUCCGAGUGCGCUGUGUGUUUUCCCGUGGAAUGUUGGCGGGGGCUGGCUCGGUUGGCAGUGGUUAGCUUUGGAGAUUAACGGAAAUCGGAAAAAAAUGUAUGGAUUACAAGAAACCUGACUUGGAUUACAAAGGAUUAACACUAGCAAUCAUACUGCUAACUACCUAAGGGCCAUCAACACUAUUCACGACGAGCCAACAACAAAGAUUUAAAAGUAAUCAGCUGACGAAUGCCAGGUCGGCACCGAAAGAUGGCAGGCACUGAAGGAUAUACUCUUGUAGACGAUCAAGACCACACCAUGAAUAAUACGUACAGCGGGUCGGUAAAUUUCCAGAACAACCCCGAAAUGGAUGAAUCCAUGCCUUCUGUCAACGUCACAGAUGAAAAUCUGCACUUGUACGUGUACUCCACCGUGGAUACAUUGUUGGUGACGGUAGUUAUGCCCCUGAUAUUUUCCAUCGGUGUAUUAGGGAAUCUGGCCGUCAUUGCUGUGUUUGUACGUGUGAGAUCCAUGCGAACGGUCACCAACCAUUACUUGGUCAGCCUUGCCGUGGCGGACUUGACCUUCAUACUUCUUUCGGUGCCGCAAUUCUGGGUCAUGUAUGUUACCUCACCGCUCUUCGGAGAUUACCGGGUCCUGCAGGCGGGCUACUGUAAACUGACUAUUUACCUUACCGAAUCCAGCAUCAUAGCCUCAUGCUUCACUGUCAUCUUGGUAACAUUUGAAAGGUACGUGGCGAUAUGCUGGCCCCACAAAUUCAAAGAGCUGAGCACGAAGCCACGGGCUGUUCUCCUGUGUGCUCUGGUGUGGGUAUUUGCGCUUGGAUACAAGAUACCGACACUGUGUUUCUCCACUGUCGUUGAAAGCCGGAUCGUGUGGAUGGUAUCGAAGAAGGCGGACUCUUAUCCAGAUAGCAUCUUCUACUGUCAUUUCUGCUAUCCCAAGAAUUCCAGCCCCUGCGUCGCUUACAAGAAAUCACUGACACUGGACCAGAUCAUGUUACUGAUGGUGAUACCAAUCACAAUGGUCAUGUAUUCGUUAAUUGUGCUGCAGCUUCAGAAACUUGCCAAAUCCACAAUGAUCAGAGGUACAGGAAGCAGCUCUUCCACUCGGAUGAAGAAACAAGUGGUGCGCAUGCUGAUUGUAACCAUUACACUCUUCGUCAUAUGUAUGACACCCUUUCGCAUCCUGAACCUCUUCGACAUCUACAAUUUUACUCUACCGCCAAACUCGCAGUGGGUGCUGGUCAAUGUGGGACGCAUAAUGUUGUACACAAACUGUUCGGUCAAUCCCAUUAUUUACAACAUAAUGAGUGACAGGUAUCGCCAGGCUUUCCACGAUACGUUCCUCUGUUGUCUGCCCAAACGCGGUGAGACGAACCACGAGCAGUCGAGCUGCAACCGUAAAACAACCAAGUACACAGCGAGCAUGUGGGCCGAAACGAAGUAAAUGUUGCAGACUGCUAUCUCGUCGACCCUUACCAUGGUCAAUGGUUACAGUCACGACUUGUGAAAAGUUAUGGAAAUCCUUCAUCUAUAUGGUGACAAACCUUUCACUGCAACAGCAAUGUUACGCAGGUGGUCCAAGUACACAAGUACCGAACAAGAAGUCAGCGAGCCUACCCAGGAAAAAGUCAACCCAACCCAACUUCCAAAUAUGAGUUGGAAAAAAUGUCGGAGACUCUGCCGUGCGCGGUUAAUGGUGAGGUAUGAAGCGAAUAUCUGGAUGUAAAUAGUUGUGGCUAUCCUUCGUGCAUAGCCUUUGUGGUAAAGAGGCCCAUAAAAAACUAAGCUAAAUAGUAUUAAAACUUGGUGGUCGCCUCUAAAAAAAAUCGUGCUUUUUUAUUUGCAGUAGGCGAAUUAUCUAAUAAUGGGAAGACACGCUUGCACAAAGAUUCGUUUGGGAAGAUAUUUUCGUAUCGGUUCAUAUUCGGCGCGAAUGCGAACGUGAACGUGAGCAAGACCCUGUGAUGUUGCGACGAAUGAUAUUCUCGCUGUGAAAUUUAACAGGUUGAAAACAUUUCAAUUCUUGACGCCAAAAUUUGCUUCACGUUCGCAUUCGUAGAUCAGUAAUUAGUAUUGGGUAUUCAAACUAUAAAGAAUUCUGUGUGAUGGUCGCAUCUUCUUUCAAAAGCCCAGGAAGCGUUCAUUAUUUGAAAGAAUAACGGCAACAGAGGAAAUUCUUAUGUACAUUAAUAGCUGCAAAAGCGAUGGUGUCGUUGGGAGAAGGUGAAGUUUGUUUUCAGUGUUAAAGUGGUAUUUUAAUGUAUCUGUUUCGAGAAGUUUCGGUUCUGUCAAUGAACAGAAAUUCAGUGAAGUUGAGAGCCUUUAUUUCAAACAUUAACUUUAUUUCAGUGCCCGAACUUUGGCUGAUAAAAUUAUGUAAAAGACAAUGAAUUAUACAAUGUAAAUAUUUAAUUCUCAAAAUGUUGAAUUUAUGACCUUUCAAAUACUGUUUUGUGAAUAGAGUAAGCACAAUUAUCGGGUGAUAUAUUCGUGACGCAGACAGGCCAAACAGGUUUUCUCAUACGGAGACGAAAGUUCGUAAGUCAAACCCUUGACUCAUUUGGUUUGUUGAUAUGACAACAAUCGUGCAAUCAUUUAGAAAACUGCACCAGUUUGUGACGGAGAAUUUUUCUGCAUCAAAAACUCAUCAAUAAAGAAAAGCUGUAUGUGAUAAAUGAUGUAAACGCACAUAAUGUACAGUGUAAACUAUGUGCAGUAGAUCGGCUGCAAGCACGUUCAAAAUUGCCGUCAGAGGUCUGUGUUUGUAUAAUUGAUAAGAGUAACAUAAUAUGAUGUUCUUGCUAUUUGCUGCGUUACACUAUCUUCGAAAAAAGUACGUCCGUGGUACCCUUUGUUUAGAUUUUAAGUGAUGUUGGUAUUGUCUGCAUCUUUUCUUUUUUUAGAAUGAAAAGAGUUGAGUUUUAAACUGUUUGUGGGUUGGAGUUUAAGGAGAAAAGAUUAGUUUUGCUGUUCCUUGUCGACCGUCACCUCUUCUUUCGAUUAUUGUGUUCAUUUUCCAGCUCUGUUUUAGUUGUGCUUUUUCAAAUUAUAUAUUUGUGACCCACCAUCCUAUACUAGGCCCAAAUUUGAAAUGUAGCUUUUUAAAUUAAGAUUCUGCACUACGGGAUAUGCUAUGAUUUAGAUGUCAAGCCAACCCCAAGUGUUUAAUGCAUAAGGUAACAGCUGAGACAGUCGGUUAUAUAAAAUUCAUAAUGCGUGUGUGCUUAUAAAACUGACAAGCUUAUCUGGCGAUAGUGGGUCAUAUAUAUUGUAUUUCAUCUGUCGAGAUUGGGAACUUUGAAGACAUAUUUUGACGUUUUAGUAUUUGUGGAUGGUAUAAAAAUGUAAGAUUUUAAAAAGAUAACGUACUUAAUGCAUUUCGCAAAGAAAACGUGUUGGGUAGCGAUUGGAAUGUGGUGGGCCACGUCACCAUAAAACUGACAAUUACACAAAAGGAUUGUACGAUGGAACUCGUCAUUCCAAGAUAUGUCCACACCUGCUUCAACAUUUACUUGGCAAGAAUUGGGACAUAUAUGGAGCCACACUUGCAGUGAUUUAAAAAAUUUUAAAGUGUAUAACUAUCCCACAGGAUAAACGUAUUAUCUCUACUCGUGAGCUGGUUCUGAAAAGAAAACUUGUGAGAAGUUGGAGAAAAGUGAAUUGCAAAGAAGAGGAAAAUUCCAUCUGGAAGCACUACACCCUUAGAAACUAUAUUUGCUAACCCCAGUCGGGUGUACACCUCAUGUAUUUUGCUGUGAAGAUUCAGAAAACCUGCGAGAUAAGAAUUCCUAUGUUUUGAGCACUUGUUAGAGCUGCUACCCAUUCAGUCUUCUUGUUGGUUUUAUGCAUCGAUUUUUGCAAGCAUUUUGUUGAUUGGAAUUAUUUUUGGUUUCGAUUUCAUUUAAGAAAGAGACGCUGAAUGCUAUAAAAACAUACGGAACGUGGACAGUUUCUGUUACCCAUCAAGCCAGACUUCGACGAAACGAAACAAACUACAUGAAAAAUAUCAAUUAUAAUGACGUAAAUGGACCCGACUGUAACAUACGCUUGCAAUAUGGAGUGAGCAGUAUUUUCUUUUAUUUGAUAGAUAAUUAAUUAGCUUGGAUAGUGACUGUGAUAUGACACAAACAUCAGACAACAUAUGGACAAAGACUUGGGAACAUUACGAACAGAAACAGUAAUAAGCUUAACUGGCCCCUCUUAAUGGCACAGUAAGUUGUCGGUUCCAAACCCGACACGGCCCAAUUAUGGACCAAAUUGUGGGGGCAAAUCACCGGUCUGACAGAUGGUACGACCUAAUUGAUAAGUGGCAUGAUUUACUGCGUAAUCCUCCCGAAGCAUACGUUAGAAUGUGUGACCACUAUAAGGUGUCAUAAAGGAACUGAGUUUUGAAGUUUGCGUUUAUCAACAUGAGAGGUAUAUAGGUCCCGCUGCAGUUUUCAUUUCCACGCGUCGAUGUUUACAGUAUUUUAUUCUAGUCAUGUACAGUUUUAUAUUUUAUUGGCAUAGCAAAGUUAACAUUUUUAUAUGCACAAAACAAAACAAAACAAACAACGAGUUUUUGAAAUUUUGAAAUAAAAAAAACAUUGACUGAGACAGCAGACCACGGGACUUACGGAGACAGAAUAAAAUGACUAAUUAAGAUUUGGGUCAGUUAGCAGUAGCACGGUGUUGGGAAAUAUUUAACAAAAGAGGAUGUUCCUGCAUGGUGUUACCGCGAGCUUAUCAAACCUUCCACACAAAUGUCAACGAAGGCCUAUUUAAUGUCAGAAGUUUUUUUUUUCUGAGAGCUGCACCGAGCGCCUUUUUUGUCCGGCUGAUGUAAAUUUGAUCAGAGACAAGUGACCACGAAGAGAAAACGGACAGACCUUAAACAGCCUGAUGACUGACAUGACAAACGAUUCAUGACGCCUCCUUGGCAUUUUGACGUAAAAAUGAAAGACUUAAAGAUACACAUUGUAUCACUACCAGAAAAACAUUACAGGGCACUAAUGCAUCCUUAUCUGACUAACAGCAACCGUGCCCUGCUAGUGUCACACCAUAGUCUGCCACCAAUCCCUGCAGGUUAAUCACAAGUUCAUAAAGAGCCAUUAUCUCACAAGUCAAGUCGCAAGCUUUUCAAAUGAAGUAUGAUAAAAGUGUUUUUGUUAUUGGGUUUCCUCGUCCUCUGGUCACCUGUGACUGAUCAUACGGGACGACUUGACAACAGCUUUUGAGGGUCUAGUGAAAGACUCGACUACAGCACUCCGUGAUAUAUGCCGAAGCGUGACGAAGCCAUGACAACGACUGUCAUGAUAGACCAAUCAGAUUGUCACACGACCAUUACCAUUGCACUGCGAUGACAUUAGCCUCAGACGGACGAUCACGACUCCUGACGGUACAAAAGAGACGCUUGAAAAUCCAAGCUCAAAAGGCAGCCUAAGGGUGCAUUUUCAGCAAGUUCUCAAUUUUUAUGUGCCUAAUGUAAACCUUUUCCUAAUGUAGGAAACUAAUCAGUCGUGAUAGAUGAGACAUGACCGUCGAUCGGAAUAACUGUUCAACAGUUUCUGUGGUGGAAGUCUUACGGAGCUUUUGCCUUGGGAUCAUAACCAUCUGUCUGUACUGGUGCUCCGUUGUCCUUUGUCGCGCACAGCGUUUUAUGUUUCGUUCGUAGAAGUUUUCUUACUAGGUCAACAAUUUUCAACAAACGAUUUUGUUAUGUUUUGAAAGGUGGCAACCCCACAGGAAAAAGGCCUGGCAGGAAAAAAGCAAAAGGCGGUCUAAGUCGAAGUGAUGAAUAUUUAUUGGGGUCUAAUGAGGGAAACAGAAAACCAAGGGGCGCACUGUGAUGCUGGGGACAUGAAGCGAAGAAUAUAGGAUUCUAGCCCUUUGCCCAAACCAAUAGCAGAUAUCGAUCUCCUUCUCGGCAAUGACUUUGUGACGAGAAACCUCGACGAAUUCACCUACCAUUGAGCCAAGGGGUGAGCAGUUAGGUUUCUGAUUUCUCGAAAGGCAGGCAAUGACAUGACAGUUACUGGUGUGAAUGAAACCAAGUCAGCUCUAAGUUCCAAAGGGAGAUGCACCUACUGGGUUAGCCUAUAAACUCUAGACAGUAACACCUCAUGCUAACUACGGAUACCGAACGAUUUAAAGACACCGCUUUUACCUAUCAAUACUGACGCUUUUUUUUUUCAACCUUACUAAUCCAUGACUUUAUAGCGUUAUUUAUGGCUUCUUCUGGCAAUAAUACGAUGUGCUGAAAGCCAUACUAUUCUUUUUAAAAAGUCAAGAUUAUUCCAAGUUUUGAGAGGUCAAUCAAUUAUUGGGAAUUUUUGGAAAUCAAGCAAACUCUUCUUAAUUGGCGUCUAUAACAUUACCAAGUAUUUUAAUUUUCUAAAGAGAAAAUAGUUAAUAAUAAACUAUUUAUACUGUGUGGUCAUUGUGAUGUACCUUCACUGUUAUCUUGAAAAUUAGAUCACCAGAGAUAUAUUGGAACUGUACACAUGAGAAACAAGUUAUUGUAAAUAAGUCAUACCAUAACGGUUGUUAUAAACAUGUAUAGCAGUGGUUAAAACUAGAACAAAAAACUCUAGCCUCGACGUUGAAUUAAACAGGUACUUGUUGAUAAGGUCACAUA